UCUAACAAUGUAUAAAUGUAGCUUUAUACUAUGAAUUUUAAUGCUCGAUAAAAAAAUAUAAGCAAAGUUGAUUUUGCCAUAUUCAUAUAACUUUCAGCAAAGACACAACUAAAUUAAGCGAAUGAUAAUGAAUUGACCAUAAAAACUAAAAAAGUGACACGUUUUGAGGUAAGCGUCUGAAAGCGAGAGAAAACGUGUACGUCCAAACUUCUGAGAUAAUCGGAACAAGAGAAGAGUUGAAGCUAGAAAAUCUAUAUCCCAAAUAAUGUUGAAGAACUCUACCAAAUUGAGAAUGUUUAACCGGAUACAAACUCAGCCUCUAAACAAAUACUUUCUGAUCCGCUGAAUUAAUUUGGCAUUAGUUUAGCAAUAUGGCAUUACGGAUAUCUACCGUCUUUGGUAAAUUUGGAAUAACUUUCAAGAGGCAAUUUAGCACUGCCGUUGGUUUCUCCUAUGCCUAUAAGCCAUGGACUCGCAACUACCCCACACAAACGCCAACAAAUGUGCGUCAAUCACAUGAACCGAGUAAAAAGUGUGGAAAGUAUAAAAUUGUGAUGGUUCGUCAUGGAGAAUCAGAAUGGAACAAAAGCAAUCAAUUUUGUGGUUGGUAUGACAGUGCGCUUAGCGAAAAGGGCUUAGCAGAGGCAAAAGCAGCAGCGAAAGCUCUAAAGGAAGCGGGCUAUAAAUUUGAUAUUGCUCACACCUCGUUACUUUGUAGAGCUAUCAUCACAUUAGACAUAAUAUUGAAGGAGAUUGGACAAACGGAUAUACCCAUUUGUAAAACAUGGCGUCUAAAUGAACGUCAUUAUGGUAAUCUCAUUGGGCUAAACAAAGCCGAAACAGCUGCAAAAUAUGGUGAAAAGCAAGUACAAAUAUGGCGCAGAAGUUUUGCUACGCCUCCUCCGCCCAUGGAAAAGGAUCAUCCGUACUACGAUACUAUUGUUAACGAUGAACGUUAUAAAGAUGGUCCUAAAAAAGAGGAGUUUCCCAUGUUUGAAUCACUGAAACUGACAAUAGAGCGUACGCUACCCUAUUGGAAUGAAACAAUAGUACCGCAAAUAAAAGAAGGCAAACUGAUUAUUAUUUCGGCACAUGGAAAUAGCCUGAGAGGCAUAGUUAAGCAUUUAGAUAAUCUAUCCGAAGAUCAGAUAAUGGCACUGAACUUACCCACUGGUAUACCAUUUAUUUAUGAAUUGGAUGAAUGCAUGCGACCAGUUGUGUCUAUGAAAUUUUUGGGCGACGAAGAAACUGUCCGAAAAGCAAUGGAAGCAGUUGCUGCACAAGGAAAAGCCAAAUAGAUUCAACGAGAUGAAAAUUAUAUACAUACGCAAAAUAGUAAUAUAAAUUAACUGGAAAAAAAUAAAAAUUAUGACCAAG